AUGGAGGACGGUUCAAAUGUCGAAGUGGCAGCUGCGGCAGCUGCAGCAGCUACGGCGGUGGAGAUAGAUCUGGUCGAGGAGGAAGAGCAGCAUCUUGUUCCCAAAAAAAAUGCUUCAUCAAUCAUUUGGCAACAUUUUGGGUUCAGCAAGGACGAUGUCGAUCAAAAAACCGUCAAAUGUAAAUUGUACCAAAAGACUGUUGCGACAAGUCAAGGUAACACAUCCAACCUCUUCCACCACCUGCAGUACAACCACGUGAUUCAAUUUGAAGAAGUAAAAAAAGCUCAAAGUGAGAAGCGAUCAGGAGGACCAGCAAAAAGUGCUUCCACCUCCAGGCAGCAGUCAAUAACCGAAGCAUUUGCUAGUACUCAACAAUAUGAGCGAACGUCAAAAAGAUGUAUCGAAAUCACCAAUGCGAUAGGCUACCAUAUAGCAAAAGACAUGGCUCCCAUUGCUACAGUGGAGCGCAAGGGGUUCAAACACUUCAUGAAAACCGUCGACAAGAGAUACGGCCUGCAAUCGCGAAAAUAUUUUUCGAAAACUGUGAUUCCCAGCAUGUACAGAACAGAGAGAGAAAAGGUCGCUGCUGAGUUGAGAUAUGUUAAGCAUGUUGCAGCCACAUCCGAUCUCUGGUCCAGUCGCACCAUGGACCCCUAUAUCAGUCUGACAGUACAUUACAUCGAUGACAAAUGGAAACUGUGCACCAGAGUGCUCGAGACGGCAUAUUUUCCAUCUGAUCACACGGGAGAGAUGGUCGGACAGGGCUUGAGAAUGAUGCUGACUGCAUGGGACAUCAGAGAAGAGGACCUUGUCGCCAUAACAACUGACAACGGCGCAAAUAUUGUGAAAGCUGCCGAGCUCAACAAAUGGACGCGGGUGCAAUGUUUUGGGCACAGGCUGCACCUGGCAAUCGAAAACGCCCUGAAAAAACAAGCCCCUGUGGAACGGGCAAUGAAGGUCUGCAAAAAGAUCGUCAGUGUAUUUUCCUACACCUGGAAAAAGAAGAAAGCAUUACGGAAGGUACAACAAGAGAUGAACCUGCCAACGCACAAGCUCAAAAUGGCAUGUCCAACCAGAUGGGGAUCCAUGCAGAUGAUGACAGCAAGGAUCCUGGAGCAGAAGAAUGCCAUCACACAGGUCCUCGCUGAUGACAGAGCAUCAAGGCAUCUUGUUCCAAGAUGGUCAGACCUGGAUGUCUUGGAGGCCGUCAACAAAGCUCUCGCUCCAUUGGUGGAGUUCACCGACGCCCUGUCAGGGGAAGAAUAUGUCACCAUCUCAUCUGUGAAGCCUGUCCUCCACAUCCUCCGCUCACGAGUGCUGGCUGAGGAAGAAGAUGACGUGGCGCUGACCAAAGCCAUCAAAUCUGACAUCCUUGCACCGUGUCACCGCCACUCAGGAGAAAGUGAAAACCGAGAUGAAGUCAGCAGCUGCAGUCCACACAGGAAGUACCGCAGAGAGCACCGAGCCUCAGCCUUCUACAUCAUCAGAAGCAAAGAAGCCAAAGAGAUCACUGGGAAGCUUUUUCAAAGGAAGUGA